AUGCUCUCUCCAAAUACUGCUGAAACCGGUUCCGCCAAUGAUGAAUAUAGAUCUAAGGUAAUACCAGAAACGCAGAAUUUUGAUGAUUUUGUCACUAUCGAUUGGUUAGCUGAGGAGAACAGACUUAUCAAUGAAAGCAAGCGUGCACAUGCGCAGGAAAGAAGCCUCCAAUAUUGGCAGGGGAGCUUUCAUCUGUGGGCGAGAUGUAGGACGCUGGUAGCCCUCACCUGUAUUGCGGUCGUAAUCGGGUGCAUUGCAGGUUUUUUACAGAUAUUUACAGAAUCGUUGGUAAACUGGAAGACGGGUCACUGCGGUAGAAACUGGCUCUUGAACAAAUCAUUCUGCUGUAGUGAUAAAAACUUGUUGAGCAACUCCAAAAGGGCAUUUUCGCUUACAAAGAGAGAAGAAUUUGAAUGUCUUGAAAACGGGACGUGGGUGAAAUGGUCGGGUGAGCCUUUCCCAUUUAUGAUCUUUAUGUUCUUUUCAGUGGUAUUUGCACUGACAAGUGCACUUCUGGUCAAGUUUGUUGCACCAAUGGCAACUGGGUCAGGUAUUUCGGAGAUAAAAGUGUGGGUUUCGGGAUUUAAAUAUAAGGAUGAGUUUUUGAAUUUGAGGACUUUGAUAGUUAAGAGUGUGGCGCUACCGUUAGCAAUUUCUUCGGGUUUAAGUGUUGGUAAAGAGGGACCAUCCGUCCAUUAUGCUACCUGUUGUGGGUACGUGAUCACAAAUUGGCUUCUGAAAGACGUACUGACCUACUCGAAGCAAUCGGAGUAUUUAACCGCCGCAAGUGGUGCCGGCGUUGCAGUUGCAUUUGGAUCACCAAUAGGUGGAGUUUUGUUUGGCUUGGAAGAGAUUGCCUCAUCCUCGGAGUUCAGCCCAUCGACAUUAUGGAAAUCAUUUUACGUUGCGCUCGUUGCAGUAGCCACUUUGGAAUACAUUAAUCCUUUUAGAAAUGGAAAGAUUAUUUUGUUCAAUGUGACUUAUGAUAGAGAUUGGAGAGUUGAAGAAAUACCAGUAUUCAUUAUUUUAGGUAUUUUUGGUGGUGUUUACGGAAAGCUGGUAAGCAAAUGGAAUAUUCAUUACGUACAAUUCAGAAAAAGAUAUUUGUCGAAAUGGCCAGUGCAAGAAGUUAUUAUACUCACUUUUUUAACCGCGUUAGUGAGUUACUUUAAUGAAUUCUUAAAGCUCGAUAUGACCGAAAGUAUGGGUAUCCUUUUCCAUGAGUGUAAAACUAACGAUAACACAUCCACUUUUACUCAUAGACUUUGUGAGUUGGAUGAGAAUACUCAUGUUGUAAGCUUUUUGCGGGUAUUCUCUUCUUUGUGCUUGGCUACUGUUCUUAGAGCACUCUUUGUAAUAAUAUCAUAUGGCUCUAGAGUUCCUGCUGGAAUUUUUGUGCCUUCUAUGGCAGUUGGUGCUACAUUUGGGCGUGCAUUGAGUUUGUUGGUUGAAAGAUUUGUAAGCGGUGCCAAUGUAAUAACACCAGGUGCUUAUGCUUUCCUUGGAGCCGCCGCUACUUUAUGCGGUAUCACGAAUCUAACAUUGACUGUUGUAGUUAUCAUGUUUGAAUUGACGGGUGCAUUCAUAUACAUCAUUCCCACAAUGAUUGUAGUGGCCAUUACACGUUUGAUAUUAACUUAUUUCCAUACACUCGGUGGUAUUGCUGAUCAAAUGGUUUUGGUCAAUGGUUUUCCCCUAAUCGAACCUGACAUUCGGGAAGAGUAUAUGGAAAAGUGCACCGCAGCGCAAAUAAUGACGAGGGAUUUGACCACGAUUAGUGAAAUAAUUUACUUAUCUGAACUCGAAUCCAUGGUUUAUGAUUCCUCAGAAAGAUCGGUGAAUGGAUUUCCCAUAAUCAAGGCUGAAGAUAAAAAUGAAUUUGAAAAAAGAUGCCUUGGUUACGUUUUACGAAGACACUUAAUAUCAAAGUUAAUGUCAUUGGACAGUACCAGCUCUGAAACUAAUAGAAUUAUAGUUUCCUUCACAGGUGAGGAUAGCUCAAAUAAUACAAAUGGCAAUCUUCAAGAAGUGCUGAGCUUUAAGGAUCUUCUAAUUCAAUGUCCUGUCAUUGUACAGCCCGAAGCUCCUGUGUCUCUAGUUUAUAGAAUGUUCAAACAACUGGGUUGUAAGGCAGUCAUUGUUCAGGACGGUGGUUUCCUACAAGGUCUCAUUACAAGAAAGGAUGUUAUCAGAUUCGAACGAAAUAAGCAUGAAGAAUUACAUGGCCCCCAAUAUAAGCAGAAUGACACAUUCAAUGAGAAACUGUGGGCUAUAAUUCAGUCUAUGAUUAAUAAAAUUAACCGCACUGAGUAG